GAAGCUACGCACACGUGAGCAGCUGCCUGUAGCUGGCCAUCGCUUGUCCUUCCCUUUGUCAGAUCAGCAAGAAUCGCAGCAUACCAUUAAUACAACGUUUGUCUUAACAUUGUUCACGCGCGUUUUGUUUCCAGCGCAAUUGUAGUGGAACACUUGAGUGGCAUCGCGCUCAAUUGAGGCAGUUUCCAGUGCACUAGACCCGAUCGGGCAGCGUACAUCCAGAGCACCCUGUUGGUGACGAACUGGCAGUCUGACGAACGCACCCGGCUUCUAUACGUAUCGAUUGCAUGAGGGGUAGGCACGAUGCGGGGCAUACCGACGUUGUCAACUAUUCUCUUUCCUCUUCUCUCUACAUCCACAGUCUUUGCUUCAGAACAACAGCCCUUCGAAUUCGGCGCCAUGUCUGCACCUCAAUACACGCUUCCUCCGCUACCAUAUGCUUACGAUGCAUUGGAGCCGCACAUCUCCGCCCAGAUCAUGGAGCUGCACCACAGUAAGCACCAUCAAACCUACAUCACGAACUUGAACGGUCUUCUCAAGACCCAGGCCGAAGCUGUCUCUACUUCCGACAUCACCUCGCAGGUCUCCAUACAGCAAGGCAUCAAGUUCAACGCUGGUGGACACAUCAACCACUCCCUCUUCUGGCAGAACCUCGCACCUGCAAGCUCGGAUGAGGCCAAGAGCUCCGCUGCUCCCGAACUACUCAAGCAUAUCAAGGCGACCUGGGGCGACGAGGAGAAGUUCAAGGAAGCCUUCAACGCCGCCCUGCUCGGCAUACAGGGAAGUGGUUGGGGCUGGCUGAUCAAGACCGACAUGGGCAAAGAGCAGAGGCUGUCAAUCGUGACGACCAAGGACCAAGACCCCGUUGUUGGCAAGGGCGACGUUCCGAUCUUUGGUGUUGAUAUGUGGGAGCACGCGUACUAUCUCCAGUACCAAAACGGCAAGGCUGCAUAUGUCAAGAACAUCUGGAAUGUCAUCAACUGGAAGACGGCGGAGGAGCGUUACCGAGGAUCGCGCGCCGAUGCUUUCAGCGUGCUCAAGGCCUCUAUGUAAGCGGUUGGACACCUCCUGGAGAGAUAGCAGGAAACGAUGCAAAUGACUUGAAGUUUUCGCAAUCGCAACUUUACGUACGCACAUACCUUCACCGAAGAGCACCAUGGUGGAUCUUAGCGUCCAAGCUUGACCAAUCGGGUACUCCUCCGAAACUUGCUCAAAGACACGCAUUCACUCUCAAAUCUCAGACAUUGCAACACAUAUCGCUGAAACAGUGCGCACACUACAAAACCUUUACAUCUCUGCUACUGCCGUCGAUCAUUUACCAGCACUUUUCCUACUCUUCGCC